AUGAGUUCCCCCCCGUCCGCUCCUUCUGGCGGUGACCGACGGAACGAUUCGCACCAGCAAGGCUCGGGGAGUACAUGGCACCCGGCAAGAGCAUGGCUUGAGGAAGAAGAGGAGCAGGACGAUGAUGAUGACAUGGACUUUGAACCUGAAUCCGAAGUCUCCGAAGAUAGAUUUGAUGAGGAAGAAUAUCCUGACCCCGGAGACGAGGAACCCGGCGGUCCUUUUGACUCUGAAUUACAUCUAGGCAACAUACAUAUUGAAUUCUCGAUGGACGAAAACGACCCGAACGGUGGAGACAACCCAGGGGGUAGGCCUACUCGAAUUUCUACAGCACAGCUAUUGAAUAUACUCGCUUCCGGUGGCUUGCGGCAAAUAUUCAGUUAUAAUGGAUUCACUCCGGGUGCUCCCGGUGCUCGAUUUCUCGACGAGGACGAUUAUGACGAAGACGAACCGGUAUAUGGAUAUCUUGGAAGCGGGCGAGUUCCAAGACGACGGUCCGGUCCUCCUCAAUACCCAAAGGUGCCGAGCGAUGAGGGUAUGAAGUUGAUGAGGUCUGGGAUAUUUGGCUCGGAUCCCAGCUACAACGAUGAACGGAUGAAACGCAAGAAAUCGCUUGCAGAAAAGAUAAUGUGGCGAGAGUUAGGCCUCGAUGGCCUGCGCAGCAAUAAAACUCGGUCGGUAGCACAGGACCUCAUUCCCGGUACAACGGCCGAUAAAAUUAUACACUACGACGCAAAAUGUUACUCUGGACAAUUCUCCGAUGACGGCAACUUCUUCUUCUCGUGCGCUCAAGACUUCAAAGUGCGAAUGUACGACACUUCAAACCCGUUUGAGUGGAAAUACUACAAGACGGUUGACUACCCUUUCGGCUCGUGGACAAUUACCGACGCAACUCUGAGUCCAGAUAAUAAGUUUCUGGCAUAUAGCUCGCUUCGCAAUCUUGUGUGUCUAGCAUCGACAGACCCAGCGGAUUCGUCGGAUCCAACUGUGCUGGACCUAGCUUCUACGCCUGAAGGUAGAGUAGGGCGUGAUUUUUUCGGACGAUCAGGGUUCCCAGUUUGGUCUGUCCGAUUCUCGGGGGAUGGGCGUGAGAUUGUUGCCGGUACUGGAGACCACUCCGUGAUUGUGUACGAUCUCGAAACGAGGCAGUCCGUCCUUCGAAUACGGAACCACGAAGAUGACGUGAAUGCAGUCUGCUUUGGCGACAAAUCUUCACCUCACAUUCUCUACUCUGGAUCCGAUGACAGCACUGUUCGCGUUUGGGACAGGAGAUCAAUGGCCGACAGGCGGGAAGCUGGUGUAUUUGUGGGCCACACCGAAGGGCUAACAUAUGUCGACAGCAAGGGUGACGGUCGAUAUGUCCUGUCCAACAGCAAGGACCAGACCAUGAAGCUGUGGGACUUGCGGAAAAUGAUGUCCACUGCCAAGUUUGACACGCUCGAUGCAACCAGCUAUGGCACCGGAUUCGAUUAUAGGUUUGACCCAUUCCCAGGAGAGUACUACUAUCCGCAUCCACACGACUGUUCCGUCGUCACGUUCCGAGGCCACAGGGUUCUCAGGACCUUGAUUAGAUGCCACUUUUCUCCGCCCGGCAGCACAGACUCUCGAUAUGUGUACAGUGGCAGUGAGGACGGAAAAAUAUAUGUGUAUAAUAUUGAUGCGACUUUGGCGGGAACGAUCGAUGUUCAGAAAGCGACGAAUCACUCACGGCCCCAUAAACGUCACGGCGCCAGACUUGGUGACAACCAGUGGAAGACUUGUGUACGUGAUGCGAGCUGGCAUCCCAAUGCCCCGGUCCUGGCUGGUAAGUUGUGCCUGGUCUAUUCUGUGAGAAGCUGUCUGACUUUCCAAGCCACAUCAUGGAAUGGUUGGGGCUAUUCAACAGGCACAUGCACGUUGCAUGCUUGGAACAACAACUCCUCGCGCGAUGAAGGCGAUAACCCGUACAUAGGAGAUAGCUUUGACCCGCAGCUGAAACCGGUUCCGGAGCUGAUGAGGCAAGCUGAACGCGAACAGAAUUGGGAGAACGAGAUGGCCUGGGAUGAAUGGGAGGCAGGUCUUUGA